AUGUCCGCUAUCGUCACCAAAGCAACCAACACAGUCAACUCUUUAGUUGCCAAGUCCACUCAACUUGCUAACAGUGCCGUCUACUGGGGUAAGGUCACCGCCGAAGUUGGUAAGGUGAUUUACAAGAAGGAAGGUUUAGCACCACCAAGCCAAAAGGAUUUCCAAACUCUUUACAACUCAGCCGUUAAGUUUGUCAAGUCUGGUGAACAACAAAAGAAGUUCCUCGAAGAAGCUGCUGCCUUUAAGCCAACCAAGGCCAACACUGCUAAGGCUGCUAUCUACGGUACCCAAUUGUUAGCUUUCUUCUCUAUUGGAGAAAUCAUUGGUAGAAGAAAGGUAUUCGGUUACCCAUCUGUUGGUAUCCACGGUGGUGCUCAUCAUUAA